UGACAUUUCCAUGAGAUCUCUCAGAAAAAGUGUCACAAAUUUUUGUUUUCACGAUUUUUCCAUGUUGCGAUUAGAUUUUUCUGAUUUAUUUUUAGAGCAAUAAUAUAAAUAAAUUAAUAAAAAUUUAUCUGAAAAGGAAAAAAGAACUAAAAAACGGAUACUGAACGAAAUUUCUAAUUGAAUUUGUGAUAAAGAAACAAGAAGCUGCAGGAAAAUGUUGAAACGUUUACAGUUCAUUAAGCCGGUUAUUGACCAGAACAUACGGCAAAAGCUAUGCUACUCAAAAAUAGUCAGUACCGGUCAAGACAUGCGACCGGCUGCCAAGGGUAAGCUAAAUAUCGAAACCCCCACAGUCAUCACACAAUUGGAUCGCAAAUUCAAUGAGGGUGAGAAAUAUGAAGGUUUUGAAUGUGUACGCACUGAGCAUGUACCGGAAUUCGGUAUAAUGUCUUACACCUUCCGCCACUUGGUCACUGGCACUGAACUUUGGUAUUUGGAUCGCAAUGAUGCCAAUAAUGUAUUUUCGGUAAAUUUCCGCACAACACCCUUUGAUUCGACUGGCUUGCCGCACAUUUUGGAACACAGUGUUCUCUGUGGUUCGAAAAAGUUUCCUGUGAGGGAUCCCUUCUUUAAAAUGCUCAAUCGUUCGGUGGCUACAUUUAUGAAUGCCAUGACUGGUCCGGACUACACAAUGUACCCUUUCUCAUCAAUGAACGAGACUGAUUUUAGGAAUCUGCAAAAGAUCUAUUUGGAUGCUGUGUUCAGACCCAAUUUAGAAUAUUUAGAUUUUCUACAAGAAGGCUGGCGUCUUGAACAUUCCAAUUUGAAAGACAAGGACUCCGAGUACGUCAUCAAGGGUGUGGUAUACAAUGAGAUGAAGGGAGCCUUUUCGGAAAAUGCUUCUGUAUUUGGUCAAAAUCUGCUCAAUAAUCUAUUGCCCGAUCAUACCUAUGGCUAUGUUUCGGGUGGCAAUCCCUUGGAAAUACCCAAAUUAACCCACGGCAAUCUAGUUGAUUUCCAUCGUAAAUAUUAUCACCCCAGCAAUGCCCGUAUCUAUACAUAUGGUUCUUUUGAUUUAAUCAAAACCUUGAGUUAUGUCGAUCAGGAAUACUUGAGUAAAUACGAGCACAUUGAUAACUCGUACAGUCGUAUACCAAACCAGCCCAGAUGGGACUCAGCCCGUAAUGUACAUAUCUCGAGUCGUUUUGAUAAUAUGGGUGCACCCUUUGAGAAACAAAAUCAAAUAGCUAUUGCUCUGUUAAUGUCUGAUGUAACCGAUAUACAGGAGACAUUUGUGUUGUAUGUUUUGUCUGAGCUGUUGGUUAGAGGACCCAACUCUCCCUUCUAUCGUAAUUUGAUUGAACCCAACUUCUCGGGUGGUUAUAAUCAGACCACAGGUUUUGAUCCUCAAAUUAAGGAUACAUUCUUCUGUGUGGGUUUGCAGGAUUUGAGAGUAGAAGAUUUUGGCCGAGUCCAAGAAUUGUAUGAUGCCACCAUUAAGGAGGUGAUGGCAAAGGGAUUCGAUAAGCAACACAUUGAGAGUGUUUUGCACAACAUUGAGUUGUCGCUAAAACAUCAAUCACCUCAAUUUGGCUUGGGUCUCUUGUUCAAUUCCACACCGCUGUGGAAUCAUGAAGGCGAUGUGGUGGAGAAUUUAAGAGUUUCGAAUAUGAUUUCGCAAUUCCGCUCACAAUUGCAACAGGAUCCUCAUUAUUUGCAAAAGAAGGUUGGCCAGUAUUUCGCCAAUAACACCCAUAGAUUGACUCUGACCAUGUCACCGGAUGAUACAUACGAAGAGAAUUUCAAAACUGCUGAAUUGGAGCUACUCAAGCAGAAGAUUAUGUCUCUGGAUCAGGAGAAGAGAACCAAAAUCUAUGAAAAUGGUUUGAAAUUGGAAGAGGCACAAAAGGCCAUACCUAAUGUAGACAUAUUGCCUUGUCUUAAGUUAACAGAUGUACAGAAUGCUGCCAAAUUAGAACCCAUCGAAGUGGUGAAAAUAAAUCAGGUGCCAACGCAGGUCUGCAAUGUACAAACCAAUGAAAUCUCCUAUUUCAAAUGUUACUUUGAUGGCACUUCUUUGUCGCAGGAAGAAAUUCUCUUAAUACCCCUUUUCUGUAAUCUAAUCAACGAUAUGGGCACUAAGAAUUACGACUACAGAGACUUCGAUAAAAUUGUACUCUCCAAGACGGGUGGCAUUAAUUUCAAACUACAUUUUGCCGAAAACAUCUACGACAGCAAGACCUUCAACUUGGGCAUUCUUAUGACCACCCAUGCAUUGGAUAAAAAUGUACAAGGCAUGUUCGAUUUGAGCAAGGAACUCUUGAUGAACUACAAAAUGGAUGACGAGGAGCGCGUUAAAAUGUUAAUAGACAAUUACAUGUCAAGCAUAGCUGUUGGCAUAGCCAACUCUGGUCAUUUAUAUGCCAUGCAAUCUUGUGCUGGACUUGUAACUGACUCGGCCAGAUUGAAAUCAUUACUGGCUGGUGUUGAACACAUAGAACACAUGAAGCAAUAUGUUAAGAAUCACAGCACCCAACAAAUUAUGGACAAUUUGAAAUUAUUGGGCAAUAAAUUAUUCAAUAAGAAAGCCAUGCGCACAGCCGUUAAUGUUUCGGAUGAAUUUUACCCUGAAUUUAUAAAACACUACGAACAGUUCCUUAACGAUUUACCCGAACAUCCUGUGGAAAAAAUGGAAAAUAAGGUGGAACUUCUAGAGCCCAGUUGCCAGCAUUUCGUUAUGAAUAUACCAGUAAAUUACUGUGCCAAGGCCAUGUUUACUGUACCCUAUACCCAUCGCGACCAUCCUACACUUAGAGUUUUAGCUAAACUCAUUUCGGCCAAGUAUCUGUUGCCCGUGGUUAGAGAACAGAAUGGUGCGUAUGGUUCCGGUGCUAAACUUGGCUCUGACGGCAUAUUCAGCUUUUUCAGUUACCGCGAUCCCAAUUCAACGAAAACUCUGGAAGCUUUUGAUAAUACGUACAAGUGGCUGCAAGAAAAUAACUCUCAAAUUACCGAACAAACUUUGUUUGAAGCCAAAUUGGGUGUGUUGCAACAAUUAGAUGCUCCCAUAGCACCGGGUAAUUUGGGUAUAGACUUCUUUUUGUAUGGUGUGUCACAGGAAAUGUUCAUGAAAUAUCGUUCUCGUAUGCUGGCCGUUACAAUGAACGAAUUGCAACAAGUUGUUGAAAAAUACUUUAAAACAGCGCCCGCUUACUAUGGAAAAUGUAUAUUGGGACCGGAGAAUAAAGAACUCGAAACUGUUACCAAAUUAAAAUGGAAGACUAUUCAAUAAAUUUAAUUCUAAUCAAUGUAAUUUUAAUAAUUAUUCUUUAUUCCUUAUGAUUUUGAUAAUUUGUAAAUCAAUCAGUUGAACGGUCGUAUUUAAAUGAAAUUUUUCUUUUUCUUUAAAUUUGUCUCUUCUUUUUUUUAUAAAUAUUUGUUAUUUAAUGUAUUUUUAUGUAUAAAAAAAAUCCAUUAUACUUUCUUCUAGUAUAUACUAAUCUGCUUUUAUAAACAUACAUACAUAUAUUUCAUAAUAUUAAAUGAUGUUUAAUUUUAAUUAAAACAUUUUCUUUGUUUUUGGUACUGAUUCUUUAGUUGGUUUUAAUUUAUAAAUAUGUGAAGUUAUUUUUGUAAUUUGCACUUGUUGCAUCAGUGAACACACUUGAUAGAUUUCCAAAAUCUUAACUGUUCUGUUAAUUGUUAAGUUAUUUUUUUUUAGAUUGCACUUGCUAACAAAAGAACAAAAAUGUUAAUUAAAUGAACAUUUUUAAAUGUUAAAUUAUACUUAAAUAAAUACAUACAUAGAAAUAGUAAUAAACGAAACGAAAAUUUAAAUAAAAAUAUUAAA